GCGGGGCUCCGAACACGAGCGGAAAGAGCCAAUGACGGAAUCGGACGUUGUGUUGUGAUGGCGGUGAGGCGCGGGCCAGGAAUAACCUCCCAGGAGCCUCAAUAACCUUUUCCCGGCUUCCCUGCAGCGCCCUUGACGGGAGUGCUGACCAGGCAUUACCAAGGGGGCGGUGUGAAGGCCUAACCUGAGCCCAAACAGCUCUCCAUGACAGUGCCCAGCGGUGAGGACGGGCAGGGCUAAGGUGGGUUGACCGCUUCCCACUCGCUCACUGCAUCAGUCUGGGACCAGAUAAAAGAGGAUCAAGAUGUCAUCCAUUAGUGACACCUCAACAUGGCUCAAAUUCUUCACGGAGGCUGGCAUCCCAGCAGGCGAGGCCACAAACUAUGCCAUCAUCUUCACUGACAAUCGCAUCAAGACAGAUAUGCUGCUGGACCUGAACCGGGAGUACUUGAAGGACAUGGGGAUCACAGUGAUGGGGGACGUCAUCGCCAUCCUCAAGCACGCCAAGGUGUUCUCUGGUCAGCUCUCCCGUCAGAAGGUGCUACAGGUCACACCGGCUGCCCCUGCCCAGCAUGAGACCCCGCCCCCUGCCCCAGCCCCUAAGAAGAGCACCCCAGCCACCAGGAUGCUGGAACAUUAUGUCAGGAAGGAAGGGCCACCCCCAUCACCUCCCUCUACCAACCCAAAUCUCUCACAGAGCCUCUCUUCACGUCUCAGCUCAGGCACCAAGAGGCCUUUGGAGGAGGAAGACUCGGGAAAUGGCAAGAGGAGCUCGGUGUUCAAUAGGCUUGGUGAUAAUUCUGUCACAAGCACCACCAAUGAGAACCCCAAGAUAACCAUUACAAUGCACGGGAAAGAUGUCAUCCGUUCGUCCCCAGUGGCAGAGAAUGGCACCAAGAAGUCUUCUUCAGUCUUUGGCCGCCUGGUGUUCAAUGAAGAUUCUGACUCAGGUGCUGGGGAACGUGACCUGAGCCUGGGCAAGCCAUUGGAGUACCAAGGUAUUCUGAAGUACACCUCCAAGGAGAGUGCAGAGAAAGCAACACCAGUUAAGAAGUUAUCAAACAGCUCUUUGGGCACCAUAAGCUCAGCCACAGCCAUGAAUGCAGACACCACCACCAGUGUCAAGAGCAGGCUGGGGGUGCAGAAGAGUGCUGGAGGUGGGGCCUGCUCCAGUGCUGGGAUAUUUGCCAGGGAUAUAAUAAGCAAGUCUCCCAAAGCAUCCCCCAUCAGCACAUUGAAGGGAAAAGUGGCUCCUGCUGUGGCAACAAUACCAACAACACCUAAAAGUCAGCCGGUGGGAAGGACUGUGGUCUCAGCGGCAGCUUCUUCAUCUGUGUCCUCAACAGCAGGGAAAAAGUAUGUCAAAAAAAUUGUAAAAGUGAACAAAAAGACUGGUGAAAUUAUGAGUGAGGAAAUGAUACCUUUAAAAACUGAUGUGUUUAGUAGACUUGGAAAUUAAUUGUGGGCAUUGAUUUGUUUCAUUCAUCUGAAACCUGGGAUAGAGAAAAGUGACAAUUCUAAAUUUACGUAUGAUAGAUAACUUGUCAUUUUAUUAAUGCUCAUUCUUCUGAGAAACCAAGCACCAUUUCAGUGUAUGAAAAUAACCAGUGAGAGGUUUUGAGCUGUCAUUUAAACUUAGUGAUUCCAUGACUUUAGUUUAAUUGAUGUAAAGCACUGUGGUUUUUUCAGACUAAACCAGUCACACCAGAAUGAAACUUUAUUAAUGUGCAUAGAUAUCCCAGCUUUUUUUAUGGUCUCUAAUAAUUAAUAUAUUUCAAGAAUAUUUUGAAUACAAGGAAAUGAGGAACAAAUAUGCUUAGUUGAGAGUGUCAUGCUUUCUAUUCAGGGACUGUUAUGAUGCAAUAGUGUGUACCCAUGCUUGUGUGUGUGCAUGUGACAUUUAAGUACUGAUGUGUUUUCAUCUUACAAUGGCAUGUAGCUGUACUGAGGAAAGUACUGAUGCAUACUCACAAAGCAUUGUGUGUGUGUGUGUGUGUGUGUGUGUGUGUGUGUGUGUGUGUGUGUGACUACCAGGAAUGCACAAGGCAGAAGUUAACUUUACAUUGAAGCAAUGUGUGCUUUAAGAACAAAGUUUUUUUUCCCCACCAAGGAGGAAAGUAUGUGUAUUUUAUUUAACAUGCUGCCAAAUACAAGAACAGUAGUAUUUUGGAGUUACGUAUAUUGCCAAAUACAAGUACAGUAGUAUUUUGGAGUUACAUAUAUUGCUUAUUGACCAGGAUGGAGGAAGAGGUGGCAUAAGGAUGCAGUCAUUAAGGAAAACAUUAGCUGAUGAGGAAGGAGGCUGUGAGGCUUUGGGCUGGUGUAGAGAGAUAGACAAGACUUCUUGUGGUUUCAUAGUAUGUAUGACUUUUAAAUUGUUCGUAUUGUAUUUUUGUGAAGGUAUUGAUAUUGAGAUUAGUUGUUUACUGUUUAUGAUACAUUUCAAAUAUAAGCAUUACUUCUUACACUAUUCUGAAAUAGAUAUGCUUCUUUGUUUCUGCUCCUCGUAAGUGAUUGUUCAGUAGACAACAAAAUUUAAUGAGUUUCCAUGAAGAUAAAAAAAAUUUUCCGAAGCCUAAAA